UCAGUUAAUCUCAGCAAACAUGGAACGACUCAGGGUAAUUGCUGCUCUACUAGUAGGGUGCGUCUUUUUGGGCGAUGCCUGUAAUUUCUGCGUUCCCAAGGAAGACUGCUUGGUUGAGAAACCUCGAUACGAAUACCAAAUUGCUUCCGAAUGCGCUGUCUAUAAUGUCUGUUGUGACGUCCUUCGUGAAGAUAAUACGGAGGCCCAAGUACAAAAUGUAGCAAACAAUUGUGAGACAGAUUUUUCACAGACGUUGCACACGACCAAGCCCUUCGUUAAUAUAAGUUCUUGGCCAAUCGCUAAAUCAGGCGAUACUUCGGCUCAAGUGACCGGCAAAAGCAAUCCACGUGGACUGGGACCCUCGGUAUAUGUAACCAAUGAUCAAUCAGUGCCUGGUCAGUAUCCUUGGGUGGUGCUUAUUUUCUACCAAGAUAUAUUGGGAACCCACAUUUUUGGCGGAUCUUUGAUUCGCCCAGGAGUUGUCCUUACUUCGAUUCACCAUAUACGGUACAGAGACGCCAGUGAGAUUGUAGUGAGGGCUGGUGAAUGGGACAUAAACUCUUCCACGGAACAAUUUGAGUUCGAGGAGCGCGGUGUGGACAAAAUCGUACGCCAUGAGAGAUUCGAUUUCAAAACGGGUGCCAACAACUUGGCUCUUCUCUUCCUGAACGCGCCCUUCGAAUUGCAAGACCACAUUAGAAUUAUCGCUUUACCUGAACCACAAUCCAACUAUGACGGACUUCACUGCACAGCUGCCGGUUGGGGAAAGAAAAAUUUUGGGGAUCGCGACCUUUCGAACAUUAUGAAGAAAGUGGAUUUACGCAUGUUAAAUAGAAAUCAAUGCGAGCAACUGUUAAGGAGAACCAAUUUGGGCAACAGUUUCAAUCUGCCUGAAAGUUUAAUGUGCGCCGGAGGUGAUCUCAACAAGGAUACCUGCACCGGAGAUGGCGGUUCUGCCCUGUUCUGCCCCAUCGGAGCCGAGGAUUCAGGACUCUACGAGCAGGUUGGCAUCGUCAACUGGGGCAUGGAGUGUGGCCACCAGGAUGUCCCGGCAACCUAUACUAAUGUGGCUAUGUUCAGGCAGUGGAUUGAGGAUCAGCUUGUGUCUUUUACCUACAGAAACUACAGUAAUUGACAAAAAUCGCAAAAUAAAAUGUUUUGGGUGUUUUGGGUUUACAUUUACUUUA